AUGAUACUCCGCAGAAUCAGAAAGGCCCACUUCAGCAUGGACGUUAAUGUAUCCAAUCUGCUGAGGAAAAAGGCGAUCCUGUUCGAAAAUGUCAAAAGGGAGAAUUGCAAAAAAGAAUUAAUUUUGGAUUAUUUCCACAUAAAAGGAGUCAAGCUGAAAAAAAAUGACAUCCACAUUAUGACCAACAUUUUGUGUAGACCGACUGGUAGGAUAAUGAUUUUGACUGACAAUAUGAAGAAGCAGAAUUUUAACUUCGAUUUUGGGUCCCUCUCUGGGGGAAGAGAAGACUUACCAUUGCAUGAAAAAAGAGUGAGCCACGAAUCUGCGGAAAAUUCGGAUGAAUCCCCUAACAGUAACAACUCCAACCCCGCUAACGGACUGGAGGAUGCCCCCACGUGUGAUAUCCAAGGGGGACACAAAUCCAGUGUCCAGCUCAGAGGACACAACCAAGUGAAUGCUGUGCGAGGGAAUGACGAAACGGAGGAAGGAGUAGAAGAGGAAAAACUCAAAGCGGAAGGACUCGAAGCGGAAGAAGUAGAACAAUUAGAAGAAGAAAAAGAGGUGGAAUAUCCUCGUACCAACGUGUGGAAUAAAAAUUUUAAAAAUUUAUUCAAGGAAUGUAAAAUUCACCUAUGUGAUGAUUUCGAAAUAGAAAAAUUUGUGGAAGAAUGCGAACGGUUUUUGCGAUUUACGGAAGAUAUCAAAAGAGUGGCAAGGUUUGAAAAUUUGGACAAAAUAAUUACCAUUAUAAAUAUUCCCAGUUGUUAUGGGAGAAAAGAGUUGGCACACAUUAUUUACGACUGUGCUAAGAUUAAUGUAAAAUUAAAAAACAUCAUUUUCAGAUUUAAAAAAAAUGGCAUACAAUCUGACUGUGCCUAUGUCCUGUGUGAUACUGUAAAUGAUGCAAAUAUUUUAAUUAAGAAAAUGCAGGAAUAUCCCGUUGCUAAAAAAUAUCAUUUACGAGAAUUUUUUGGAACUUCUUUUUUGUAUGCUUCCAAAAGUAACCUUUUUCUGAGCUCUGAAAAACUUGAUUACGUGACCAUUUUUUCAAAGUAUAAAAUAUUCACCUGCGGAUGGCAUAAGGACAUUUCCAUAAAGGAGUUUGAGAGCUUUCUCAUCACUCUUAAAAUAUUUCCCAAGAAGAUUAUAAAAAUUGACUACCGCACAAGGGGCGCCGCCAGGGAAGCCCGGCAGGAGAACUCCGCAGGCAACUCCGCACACCACUCGGAGGACCACUCGAGACACCACACAGACUGCAAGUACCAACUGAGCCCCGUGGAUCCCCAUCACAUUUUAAUAAGCAUCGACGAGGUGGAGUCCGCAGCGGAUGAUGCCGACCGCGCUGACGACCCGAACGACGCCAACACAUCCUCGUUUAUUUUAUUUUUCGAAAACAUGCGAAUGACAAAAAAGGUUUUCACGAAACUGGAGAGACUGAAAAAGAAAUGGAAAAUAUCGACAUCCAAAAACUUCUACGCAUACCCGAAGACGGUACGAAAAAAAAGGCGGCAUUUUUGCCGCCGAUUCAAACGGGUUACCUUACGAAAAAAUGGAAAAAGAAAAAAUAGAAAAUGA